AAUAGUACUCAUACGAAAAUGGGAGAAGAAAGGGUGAGCCAGUAAAAUAAGAAAAAGAAAAAAUGGCUUCUUUCGUUUGCUUACACAUUUGUGCAGUCCCAAGGGCUGCGAAACAAGCUCUUUCCUCACUAGUAUUACUCCACAAACUCCCCUCUUCUCUUCAACCCAACUAUUGCAUCACCAAAGCUUUUACUUUUUCUUCUGCUUCUGUUUCUAUUGAUGCUAAUAAGGAGCUCAGGAGCAAUGAACUGGUGGCUCUCGAGUAUGCUGACCUUAACCUCACUGACAAGAUUUCUCAGGAGUUGGGUCAUGUAAGAAUCAGGCAACAUGUCAACCCUCUUAGUUCAUCUUUCUCUGUGCCAGCGUCUAUACCUGAUUGGAGUGAAGUCUUCAGGGAUCCAACAUUGCCACUUAUGGUGGAUAUUGGAUGUGGAAGUGGCAGAUUUCUCAUGUGGCUUGCGAAACAAAAUUCUGAUUCACAAAAUUAUUUGGGACUGGAAAUACGAGCAAAACUGGUCAAGCGUGCUGGGUUUUGGGUAAAAGAGCUGGCUCUUAGUAACAUACAUUUCAUAUUUGCAAAUGCUUCAAUUUCCUUCAAACAUUUAGUGUCUACUUAUCCUGGACCAUUGAUGCUAGUUUCAAUAUUGUGCCCCGACCCUCAUUUCAAGAAAAGGCAUCAUAAAAGAAGGGUUGUACAGAAGCCUUUAGUAGAUUCCAUCCUAACUAGUUUAAUGCCAGGAGGAAAGGUUUUUAUACAAUCUGAUGUGCUUGAAGUCGCUGUCGACAUGAGAAAGCAGUUUGAUCUGGAGCCUGGUGCACUUCAACAUGUUGACACGGUUGAUCCAAGUGUGUUAUGUGAUGAUGAGGGAUGGUUAAUGAACAAUCCAAUGGGUAUCAGGACUGAAAGAGAAAUCCAUGCACAGUUCGAAGGUGCAAAAAUAUACAGGAGGUUGUACCAGAAAAGAAUACACUAGUAAAUUAGAGGAAAGGAAAUUUGAGGCAUGUCUAUCUCAUCUUGUACCUAUCAUGUAGGAAGUUUCAAACCGGCAAAGAAGGCUGCUUCAAGAAAACAUCAUGGGUUCAAGCCUUCUUCCAUUUUGUUAAAUUUGAAACUUCAAACCCUUUUCUUUAUUGAAUAGAAGUCUCAACUCUAAACCCCCUUCCAUUCACAAAAAAAGCCAGCAGCCAUUGGUAACAAUCUUUGGUGCAUGAGGAUGCAUGGAACUGAAUGCACAUGGUAUCUAAAUUGACCCCUUUUCCUUUUUCUUUUCAUAAAGAGAACCAGAAGACCCAAAAAAGAGUUGAUGGCUUGACAGUGUCAAACUCUGGUCUGGCAUAAGUUUGAUUGAGUAAAAAUACUUUCAUGAAAAGAAAAUCUUUGAUAAUAUUCGGAUUGUUGGCGCACCAACGCGCAUCAAGAAACCACCUGGCGCCUCCACGAGGAGAAAUGCCAUUCCAACACGAGCGGCACUCGGAUAUCAUAGCAUCCACAAUUGGAAAUUUCAACCUUUGGUGCCUUUAUUUCCAUGCACAAUUCUAUUGGAAAGAAUCCAAGAAAAAGCAUGUGCCACACUAUGGACGACUGUCAUGUAUCAUUGCUCAAAAAUAAAGCAACCUUCUCCAUCUUUUUUACAUUUAUAAUAAUGGGUUAUGGGCAGAGAAUAACUUUUACAUUGUA